GAAUUCCGGUCGCAGAGGUCACUUUCACUGAGUAGCCGAAAGUGUUGCAACCAAAUAUCGUGUGUGUGUGAGUGAGUAUAUUUGCGUGGUGUGUGUUUGUGAGUGUGUGCGUAUGUUAACAAGACGCUUUCCCGGCUACAAUUGCAACCAGUUGGGCGGUCGUCGCAUUUAGUUAAUGCUAGCUUCUCGUCGAGUGCGUCUCGUAGAGCAAUGGAUAAGUGCGAAAAAAUAUUUCCUUACGAGAUUCGCGAUGUGGAAGCUUCCAUCAAUGCGGAGCUGCUGGAGUACUUCACAGGGGAGCGCACAGGCUUUGUGCAAGUUGGACCCGAGGGUUAUUUUUUUCCACACAAGUAUAAGGCCCAUGCCAAGCAAUAUUACAAUUUCGAGGCACGCCCCGAUGAUAUAUGGAUAGCAACCGUUCCGCGAUCGGGCACCACUUGGACACAAGAGCUCAUUUGGUUACUAGCCAAUCGUCUGGACUUUGAGAAGGCCCAGCAACGUCCUCUCACUGAACGUUUUCCCUUUCUGGAAUUUCCCUUGUUCGUACACGAUGAAGUCAAAGCAGAGCUUCAAGCUGAGAAUAGUCACUCUCCAGCUGCUCUCGAGUUUAUUGAACAAAUUUCGCGACCGGGUUACGAGACGCUGAGCAAAUUACCUCAUGGUCAGCGACGAUUUAUUAAAACUCAUUUUCCCUUUUCUCUAAUCCCACCAAGUGUCUUGGAGAAUAAAUGCAAGAUCAUUUAUGUGGCUCGUAAUCCGAAGGAUGUAGCUGUUUCCUAUUAUUAUCUGAAUCGUUUGUUUCGCACACAGGGCUACGUUGGAGACUUCGAACGUUAUUGGCGUUAUUUUCAGCAAGGAUUAAAUCCUUGGCUACCUUAUUUCAGUCAUAUAAAAGAGGCCAAGGCUCAUAGUCAGCUCCUAAAUGUGCUUUAUCUUAACUAUGAGGACAUGCUCGUAGAUUUACCAGGUACUAUAUCGAAAGUUGGCAAAUUUUUAGAUUACAUUCCCGAUGCUGUGGGACUAGAAAAAUUAGUUGAUCACCUAAGCAUUAAAAGCUUUCGUGAAAAUAAGUCAGUCAACAUGAAUGAAAUGGCAGAAGUUGGAAUUCUCAGAAGGGGUGAAGCCGCAUUUGUGCGUAAAGGUGGCAAAGAUAAUGACACUAAGCAGCAGGAUCAAAAGGAAUUUGUUGAUAAUCCAAAACUAUUAAAAAUUGCUAAUGAUUGGAUCCAGCAAAAUACUGACUGUGCUACAUCCCGAUGAAAUGUAGGUAUUUCUUUAAAAAUAGUAUAAGAUUAUCAAUCUUUAUUGUCCCUAUACAUCUGG